AUGUCCGAGGAUCAAGCAAUGGACGAGCUGGAUGAGUUCCCGAGCUCAGGGGGCUUACACCUCCAUUCCUCCGAGGAUAGUGAGCUACCCUCCACGAAAGGAGAUAUCAAAGCCCUGCUCCGCAACUUCUGCAUGCUGUUUGCCACAGAUGUAGCCACACUGCGUGAAGAAAUACAAGCAGUUGAGGGGCGCGUCAAGACAACAGAAGGGGACACGAAAAACCUAGCUGCCCGAUGUGUGCAUCUGGAAGCCCAAAACACAGAGAUCCAGCACAGCCAGUCUCAAAUCACCACCCGCCUAAACGACCGGCACAGGAGCAGAAACUUAAAAAUCCGGGGUAUCUCUGAGACUGUGGCCUUGGGCGACCUAACACUACAUCGGGAGACUGCUUACCUCCCUGCUCACACCGCAACAAGCAAGCCUAGCAGAGAUAGAUGGAACUUACCGCAUUCCGAGAGCCGCCAAAGCUCCAGCAGACACCCCACAGAUAUCAUACUACAGCUACGAACACGGACAGCCCAUCGGACCCUUAUGACAGCCGUGAGAAGUAAAGCCAACCACCUAUUUGAAAAUGCCACCUUAUCCUUCUAUCAGGAGCUGUCCAGGCCCACAGUGCUAUGGAGAAGCCGGCUCAAGCCACUGACAGCCACGCUCCGCCAACAUUCCGUCCCAUAUCGAUGGGCAUUCCCCAGGAGCCUGAUCACCCCCCAUGGGGGCGCAACAACCCGCCUGACUGACACAGCGGAAAUGGACUCAAACCCGGUAAGCACCACCCAAGCCCCGAGACAGCAGCCCCCUCACAUUUGGGACAUGGCCAAAGUACAAUCAUUUCUGCUAUCCGUGGCCCCCACCUCGUCCGCCACCGCAUUCAGAGCGCAGAGGGCCGGCUGCCACACAACAGACACCUGA